AUGUCUCCUCUCAUGCCUCUAUUGUUAACCCCCUUGCUGUCUCCACACAUUGCCUCCACUGCUGCUCCCCUAGCUAUCUCCUCUCCUGCCUCUCCUGCCUCUCCUGCUGCCCCCCUUGCUGUGUCCACUCAUGCCCCUACUACUGGCCCCCCUGCUGCCACCAAUGCUCUCUCCCCUGCUGCCUCACCCUUUGACACCCAUGCUGUCUCCACUCCUGCUUCUCCUGUAACUCCCCUGCUACCUCUCCUGCUAACUCCCCUGCUACCUCCCCUGCUGCCUCCAAUGCUGCCUCCACUACUGCCUCCACUACUGCCACCCAUGCUACCUCCAAAACUAUCUCACACAUCCCUUCCAUCCUCUCCUGCCACCAUCCACGCUGGCUCCAAGGCUGCUGCUGGAUUUCUUGAUGCCUUUCCUGCUGCCUCCCCUUGUUGCCUCCCCUUCUGCGGCCCUUGUCCUGCCAGCUGGGCCGUCCUUUGGUAUGCCUCGAACCUAGACGAGUGUACAUAG